AUGACUUCACCGCCCUCCUCGCUACACUCCAUUCCUCCUCCGAUCCCCGUCGACACCCACCCUAACCGAGUGCCCGGAUCUCAGUCUCCUGACCGAGAGGAACAGGGCCAGCCCGAUCCCAAUCGGCUGGCGCCGGAGGAUGCAUACUUUGCGCCGUCUCUAUCGAGGGCGCAGUCGGCGCCCGCAAACUAUGACGAUUCUCUGCGAUCUCUGAACGGCAAUGGCACAGCCCCCGUAGGCAACGUGGCGGGGUUGCGGCCUCCGCGCGGAGUGCUCGGUGUGGAUCCCAAUCGGAAGGAUGUUCGUAAGCUGCGAGGGCCCGGUGGACGCCGCAGACGAAAAGGCGCUUGGAAGAAAUUACUUUGGGUCAAACAGUCUUACCCGGAUAACUACACCGACACCGAAACGUUUCUGGACCACCUCCAGCGGAAUCCCCGAGUUCGUCCGUACGACUUCUGGCCUCUUGUCUCCGACUCGACUGUCAUCGUGCAGCAUGUGUGCUCCGUGGUCAUUUUCGUUUGCUGCUUCGUUGGAAUCGUCCAGGAUCGAGUGAGCCCCGUGUCAAUCGUCUGCUGGGGCAGUGUCGGUACCGUGAUGGGCUGGAUUCUUUGGGAUAACUGGGUUUGGAAGGAGCAGGCAUAUCCUCUUAUGACAGCACAUGACAACGUCGGGGGUGAUGAUGGGUCCAGUUCCGGCUCGCUGACCAGUGCAGCCGUUCCACCGGGCAAUGACGCCCAGCCCAAUGGCACAAAGGCCAGCACCAUCCACGGGCUCGGGCUAACUAUGGCUGGUAAUGACUCGAAGGAGAAUCUACCGUGUCGAGAACCCGAUUUCAGUGGGAAGUCAGACGAAACAGCAGACUCGGCGGCCCAGACCUCGGUUCCUUCUGCGUCGGCCGCCGGCAUCGUCGACAACGCAGAUACGCCGAUGCCCCAGGAUACCAAUCGGUCCUCGUUAUUUUCUUCACGCAACCGCCAACGCCUAUCGACAGUCAAGUCGGCAUUUUUGAUCUACUUCUCCUUGCUGGGACUGAGUCCUAUCCUGAAAUCCUUGACUAAAUCCACUGCGAGCGACUCCAUCUGGGCCAUGAGCUGCUGGCUUCUCAUCAUGAACAUAUUCUCCUUUGACUACGGAAGCGGGGAGGGCGCCGGCGCUACCAACUUCCCUGCCUCUCUUUCCACAAAUGCGGCCGUGAUGGCAUCCACCGUGCUGGCGUCCCGUCUGCCGUCUACGACCCAUGUAUUCAGCCUGAUGCUGUUCUCCAUGGAGAUUUUUGGGCUCUUCCCGAUCUUCCGGCGCCAGCUACGCCAGAAAUCCUGGACGGGCCAUGUCCUGCUGACCCUAGCACUGGUGAUCGUGGCCGGAGGCGCAGUCGGAGUCACACUAAGUGGCGGGUGGGCAGCGGCCAUCAUCGGUUCGGUUCUGGGCAGUAUCUUGACUGCAUUGGCGAUGGGCGGCUGCAGCUGGUGGCUCAUCAGCUUGCAGAAAUACAAGAACGUCGUCAUUGGGCCCUGGGAUCCGGCUCGACCCAUCAUCCGACGGCAUUGGAAUUGA